AUGCUGGUUGUGUCAGCAUGCUACGACUUUACUUUUAGUCUAGUGGAGAUAGUACAACAACACGUAAGUUCAUCAACAGUACCGGGUGAGCUCCUGGAGAGAGGGGGGGGGGAGGGGGAAGCUAUCGAAAAAAUUUAGCCUACAUGAAACCUUCAAUUUUUUUUCAAAAAAAAAUUAAGCGGAGGUUCUCCCAGCCCUUUCCAUCAUAACUUAAUUUUGCAUCAUAACUUUAAUUUUUUUUCUUUCCAUCAUAACUUAAAUAGGCAUAAGUAUAACUCAGUAAGUUGCAAAUUAUAAGUAAAUUUUAGAGUAUUGUUCUUAAAUUUAUAUUUUUUCACAUAAUAUAGCAUGUUUAGGAGUUAGUAAUUAAAAACGGAAUAAUGUUUAUUAUACCAAAAGGCAUUGAAAACAUGAUUAAUCAUGAAAUAUGCCCUUUGUUUUUCUUCCCGCAUUUGUUUCUAUGUUCAAUGGGAUGUUUUAUAUUACCAGCACAGUAUCAUUAUCGCUACAAGUUGUUAACAGAGUAA